GCGGUGUUUGUGGGAGUUGGAGCUGAAGAUCGGAGCAGGAACCAUGUCUUCAGAACCUCAGGAAGGUUCUGUCAGAGAACAACUUUCUGCUGCUGAAGGAACCAUUGUCCAGAACGAGGAGCUGGAAAUGAGAAAAAAACAGCUUCAGUUCCACGUUAUAGCCCUCCCCCAGGAUGCAACCGAAGAGGAAGAUCUCUGCAAUCAGCAAAUAAACUUUGGAGUGGAACAGAAGGAACAAGAGCUUCUACACAUUAAAGAGGAGCAGGAGGAACCAGAACCUCCACAAAUCAAAAUAGAGCAGGGGGAACCAGAUCCUCCACAAAUCAAAAUAGAGCAGGGGGAACCAGAUCCUCCACAGAUUAAAGAGGAGGCGAAAGAACAAGAACCUUCACAGAUGAAAUUAGAGCAGGAGGAACAUGAAGCUCCACAGAUUAAACAGGAGCAAGAAGAACUCUGCAUCAGUUGGGAUGAGGAGCAGUUUGAUAUAAAGCAGGAGACUGAUACCUUGAUGAAGAUUCCUACUUAUGACGAAAAUCAGAACAGUGAAGCAGAUCUAAACGAUCAACAGAGCUUUAAUGUAACUGAUAGUCAGGAUGAAGAAGGAGACCAACAUGAAGAAUCAACAUCAACUACAGAUGGAGAGACAGACCCACAGAACAGAGAUCAGAGGAAGAGAAGAGACAGACGUCAAGUCCAAAAUGUGGACAGCUCUCACAUGUCAGAAAGUCAGUGUGAUACUGAUGUUAAAAAAAGCAUAAAGAAGGAAUCUUUGGUUAAGAAAUACAAAGAAUGUCCAAAUGAAAAGGGGCAUUCCUCUAUAAAGCCUGGUGAAAGCUCACAGAUUGUUAGUAAUCUCUUUCUCAACUCGAAAACUGAGUGUGAUGACAGACUUUAUUUCUGUCCAGAAUGUGGUAAAAGUUUUGGUAACUGGUCUCAGUUCAGAGUUCACAUGAGAACUCACACAGGAGAGAAGCCUUUUUGUUGUAAAGAAUGUGAUAAAAGGUUUAGUGAUGCAUAUGAUCUCAAAAUACACAUGAGAACUCAUACAGGUGAGAAGCCUUAUUCUUGUAAUAAAUGCAAUUUUAGUUGUAGUCGUUCCUCUAACCUCAAAUCACACAUGAGAACUCACACGGGAGAAAAGCCUUUUACCUGUAAAGAAUGUGACAAAAGUUUUACUCAAAUGUAUAGUCUGACUCCACACAUGAGGACUCAUACAGGAGAGAGGCCUUUUUCUUGUAAAGAAUGUGAUAAAAGCUUUAGGCACAAAUCUGUUUUAAAAAGACACAUGAGAACUCACACAGGAGAGAAGCCUUUUUUUUGUAAAGAGUGUGAUACAGCUUUUAGUCGUUUAUUUCAUCUCAAAAUACACAUGAGAACUCACACAGGAGAAAAGCCUUUUUCUUGUACAGAAUGUGGUACAACUUUUAGCCGUGCAUCUAGUCUUAAAACACACAUGAGAACUCAUACAGGAGAAAAGCCUUUUUCUUGUACAGAAUGUGGUACAACUUUUAGCCGUGCAUCUAGUCUUAAAACACACAUGAGAACUCACACAGGAGAAAAACCCUUUUCUUGUACAGAAUGUGAAAAAGGUUUCAGUUGUGUAUCUCAUCUCAAAACGCACAUGAGAACUCACACAGGAGAAAAGCCUUUUCCUUGUACAGAAUGUUGUACAAGUUUUAGUCGUGUAUCUAGUCUUAAAUCACACCUGAGAACUCACACAAGAGAUAAGCCAUUUCCUUGUACAAAAUGUGUUACAAGUUUUAGUCGUGUAUCGUAUCUCAAAACACACAUGAGAACUCACACAGAAGAUAAGCCCUUUUCUUGCAAAUAAUGUGAGAUAAGUUUUAGCCAAUUAUCUAGUCUCAAAUCUCACAUGAGAACUCAUACAGACAAGAAGCUCUUUUAGUCAAAAAAGAAUUUGGUAAAAAUUCUCAACUUUAAAAUUCUGGGGUCAAAUCAGGAGCAGCUUUAAACAAAUGAUAAAACAGAGAGUACAUUUGAAAAACAGACCUUGUAAAUUAAAAAAUAAUGGAAAAUUAGAAAACAGUUACAACUUCAAAAGUACAUAUUUUAACCUUGAAGGAAAUAUACCAAAUUUGAAAACAGAAUUAUAAUUUGUAACACAAACUUAGAAAAAAUAGUAUGGGGUAAGUUAAUUGUCAAAAAGAAACAUGUUCAUAGAGAGUGUUGCGCACACUUUGUAAAAACAAAAAAGAAAGAAAAAUGACUACUUCAUUUGGUUUUGUGUUUGACAUGUCUGUUCUGCAUACGACUUGUUUGCUGUCGAUACAUCUUUUCUUUGUUUUGAAUACAACUUUUAUUUCAAUUGAAUACAAAAUUUUUCCUUUUAGAUUACUGUCAAAAGUACAUCAGGCAUUUCUAUCGAGUGACAAAACACUGAUUCAACAGAGUGCACAUGCGUGCUGACUACAACUAGACAUAGAAUGUCAGGGGAAAAUGGCGCCACUAUAUUGGAGGACAAUCAGGGACAGAGGAACAGUUUUUCUUUCUAUUUUAGCAUUACUUUGUUAUUGUUAUAUAUUCAUGUCACAGCAGUGUCUAUAUGACUUUGUAUUAACAAUAAAAUAUAGCAAAUCAAUUACAUCAUAUUUGGGGAUGUGUAGAUAAAGUUAUAACAGAACAACCCCUUCUAUAUGUCAACAAAAAAAUCUGAAAAACAAAGUAAGUUGGAUAUUCUGAUCCUACAGACGUUUUUUUCUUUCUUUUUAGUUAGCCUGCUUAAGCUAAGAGUUUGCUUUCUUAUUUUUGUCAUUUACCGUUCGUCGUUCUAUCUUUUAUUUAUUUAUUUUGACAAAUGUAUCUGCUGGCAAGCUAUGUGGAGAAAUGAAAUAAAUUUGCCGACUGGUUUAGUUCAAUGAAUGAAAAGACGCGACAAGUCUCCUGUUUGCUCCAUACCUUUUUGAUUUAUCUGAUUAGCGUUCGUUCUGCCUUUCAGUUUGUUUUGUUAUUGCUCUGCAAUGGAUCAAACAACAAUAUCCAAACUUAUAAAACCUGGCAAACAACCUGGCAGCACCAGUAUCCUCUGUGCCCUGUGAGAGAGUGUUCUCCAAAGCUUGGGUUCAGGCCCUGAACUUAUGUUUCUAAAUAAUAGUGAUGUGUCGGUCACAAAUGAAAUGGCUCUCAGUGGCUCUUUAGAGUGAAUGACGAGAGGGUUUUUUUUUUCUUUCUUUUUUUUUUUUUUUUUUACUUACUGCACAUUGAUACAGUAAUUCAGUUAAAAGAAGAAUACAAAGAAAUGAACAUUUCUGACGUGUGUGAAAAACACAUUUUUUUUAUCCUGAUAUUUUAAUUUUAUAAGAUACCUUUUUAGGUUUUCAUCAUCUGUAAGCUGCAAUUAUCAAAAUCUAUAAAAUGAAGGAUUUAUACAGUUCAAUAUAGGUAUAGUUAUUCGAUACAAUGAUCCUCAUUGCAUGAAUAGAUUUAUAAAAAUGUGAAACUUUAAAAUGAAUAUUGAUUUUUAUAGAUGAACCUGUAAAUAGAAAUUUUUUCUUUUUAACUAUAAUAAUUUAAUCUUCCACUCUUAAAUGGCUUCAUUUUGGUUGUAGUUUAUGCUGAUACAAUGUGUGUGUUGUCUUUGCCUGUGUUACCAUGACAACACUGGAAAUAUUUUCUGUAGAUCUUUUGUUCUGACACUUUUUUUAUGUGAUUGGUGAACAUUUCAAAUCAGCGAUUGCAGUUUAUAUAAUCUGGGUCAUAUAAGCCAGUACUUUCUUAAGGAAUGGAUUUUUUUCAAAAAGGUGAAGAAAGAACCAGACUGUGGUUUUGUGUCUUGUUCCUGUGAUUCAUAUUUUCUAGUAGAGAUUAGAAUAGUUAUUCUUCUUAGUUCUUAGUGCUCUGUCCUAAUCUUUACUGUGAAGAAUAAAGUGGACAUGAUCAUCA